AUGUCCGUGAUUAAACUUGACUAAAGUAUAUAAUUUAGCUUUGCUGACGUUUAAGAAAACUCAAAGAUUCCUACCCUUUCAAAAGAGGAAAUAUCUAGAAUAACUUAAUUGAAAACUCAAAGAUAGACUUUAUUUCAGUUUAAUAAGCUGCCAUAGACUACGAAAAAUGUCGACAUAAACCCAUUAAAAGAAUCUGGAACUGUAUCAUGGCUUAAAAAGAGGUUUAAAAAGAAAGCUUCUCUCAAUUAUAUGAACACACCAUCUCAAUUAAAAAGAUUACUUGCCCUUGAAAUGCUAUUCAAUAACUUUGACGACGAUAAAUCAGGAACUUUGGAAGUCUGUGAGAUGAAUGAAAUGUUUUAACAAUUCGGCUUUGACAUUAGUUAAAAUGAUAUGAAAAAGUUAUUCUCAAUGAUAAAUGCUGAAUAAGCUGGAAAAAUGGAUCUUGAAGAGUUCAAAGAGUUUAUGCUCAAUGAAAAAGUUGCCAAUGAAUUUCGUAAGAUAAUGAAGAACCUUAGGAAAAACGAGAGAGGUAAGCUUGAAGAAGAUAAGAUGAUUUACAUUCCUAUGAACUUCAACUCUAUGCUAAAUUACAUCUAUCAUUAAAUCUAGCAUUAGGAGCUGACAGGGUAAUUGAUUGGUGUGGAGAAAUCUAUAUCAAACAAGAAUAAUCUCAGAUCUGACAUGGAAUAAUUCUUGAAGAUAUUUGAGUUUGAUAGAGUUCCUAAUGAAGAAAACUUUGCAUAAAACAAUAAAAAUCAUAAUAAAAGCAUCUAGGAUUCUUUUUUGAAUUCAAAAACUUUGGAAAAAUAAAGCCUAGAUGGCAAUAAAUCAUAGUUAUCUACACUCAAUGAAGACUAGACUGCUCAAAAUGACAGAAUUUCAAUUCAAAACGAAUCAUCAUAGCAUAAAACACUGGAAUCAAUCAAAAGUCCUGCUGACCGUGAAAAUGAACCAGCAAUUGAAACUAAGAAAAUGAGGAGAUAUCUUGAUAGGUUUGAACAAAAUUAUGCAAAUAAUACUUUAACUCCGCAAUUUAUAUCUCAGAUAAAAGUUGAAGUAAGAAGUAAAAGGAAUUAAGAAGGAUUUAAAACUAGCUUCCUUUCUUAGCAAAGAAGUUCCUUCUAAAAUCAGUCUUAAAGGAAGAUAUCUUAAGGCAGGUUUAGCUAAGAUUCUGAAGAGAAAAUAAAAGAUAGAUCAAAUGUCAUUACUAAAUUAGUGGAAGAUGACUUAAAGCCAAUUUGGAAGCCAGGAAAGUUUAAGGAAAAUAGAGCUUUUAAAAAUUUGAAGUUUUUCAUAGAAGAGAUGCAUGGUAAAGUCGGAUCUCCAAAGAAUACAGAUUUGAAAAAGUAAAAGGUUUAAAAAUAUAAACUCAAGCCAUACCUUGAAUAAUCAGAACUAGAUAGACUUAGGCAAGAGGCAGAUAGUAUGUGUAAAGAUUAAGCUAAUAAUGACAAAAUGAAGUUAAUUCUGACGAACCAGACUUUUACUAAUAUUCCUAAAUUCUAACUUAGAUCUAAUAGUCAGGAUGUUCUCCAUGAUACCUUCUCAUCCAUAAAUACCUAAAAGUUUCAAUCUUAAUUAACAAGAUACUAGCCAGUCAAAAAUUGGCAUAAUACCAAUCCAAAUAACACUCAGAAAGAAAUAAGCAACAGGUAAAAAGAUAAAGAUACGAUAAGCCCAACUAAAAUGCAAACAACUCGAUAGAUCUUAGAAGGAGCCAAUUAAACAAUGAGACUAUUAUCAUUCAAAGAUGCAAUGAGUCUCCCAGCUUUUGACCUUAAUAACCAUAUGAAAAUGAGAUUGAUUAAAAACUCAAUGGAUAUUAACAUCAAGGAUCUUCCAGAUCUUUAAAAGCUCAAUUUAUUUAAAGUUGCUAAGUCUCUUUCUAGCAAGUACUAGUCAAAUUAUUAUUCAACUUAGCAAGUAUCUUAAUAUGCUUAGAAAGUUACUCCAUUUGAUGAAGCCCCUGAUUAUGAUAUAGAAAAUAAAAUUUUAAAUAUCCUAUCUCCAAUGAGCAAAUUUACAUCUAGAAAAAGUAGUGUCUAAAAUAUUUAAUCAAAUAGCAAGUUUGGAAGACUUCCAGUAAACAUGUAUACCAAGAAGACUGCUCUUGAAAUUAUUGAUUUAAGUCCGAAGAAAGAAGUUAAAAUGCCAUCAAUUUCAAGUAGGUCAAAUGUUGAUCUUAAAGUUGAAGUUGAGACUAAAAGGAUUUUACUCAAUGAAAAAUUCUGGACUUUGGGAACUAAAUCCAAACAAUCAACUCUUUGA